GUCCAUGUUGACAUGAUCCUCAGUACGGCGUGUCGAGAACAGGAUGGAGGCGCAACUACAACUCGUGCACUACUACCUUGACAACGAAUUGAAUGAAAACGCUCUCUUCGCUACCGAGCGACUGCACGUUUUAGACCCAGCCGAGCCCGCCUGGACACAUCUCCGGUCCCUCGCUUGCCUGCGACUCGGUCAGUAUGCCUUAGCAUCAGAAUACAGCCGCAAUGAGGCUCUCAAAGGAGAGCACCUCGGCUGCUGCUACGUGUUUUCGCAGGCAUGUCUACAGCAGAAGAAUUAUCCAGAAGGGAUCAAGGCCUUGAAACAGGUUCGACCGCUAUGGGCUACCCGAGAGCAAUUUGGUGAGCGGUCACCAUCCGAUCGAUUUAUACCAGACUCUUCUUCCGUCAACCGUCUACUCGGCAAGUUGUACAGGGCGAGCGGAGAUGCAAAGACGGCAGCCACGCAUUUUGAAGCGGCGUUGGAGGCAAAUGCAUUUCUCUGGGAUGCUUUCACCGACCUCUGUGAUCUCUGUGCCAGUGAAACCCCGCUCCAGGUAGCGAACAUCUUUCAACUACGAAAUAUUCCAUCGGACAUCAAGCCGACCCAAGUAGCUUCGGCAAAGUCGAUCCCAGAAGGGCAGGACGUUCGCAAUCUGAUGGUCAAGCGCACUGCGACUCGUCGCAAGUCCCCUCUGGCUACACAAGUCCCCCAAUCGAGCGCUCAAGAAGUCAGCCCACCAGUUGAGGACGAGGUCAAAGCAGCACGAUUAGUCGAACCGCCAACCACUCGUUCAAGAUCAGCCCGGAAUGAGAAUGAGAUGGUUGAUGUCACAUCGUCCAGCUCAAAAUUGCCCGAUGCACCUCAGCGGAGGAGUGCUCGAUUACUGAAGCAAGAUCCGCCAGUAUCAACCUUGACGCAUCGUCCAGCUCCCAGUUCCAAAACUGUCGGAACGGCUUCUAAACGCAUCGCUAAACCACGAAUCCCAGUUCGCCCAACCAAACAGAAAUCAUCUGUCAAUCGACCAUCAGAUGAUGCCAAGCCCUCUGUUUCCAUUCCCCUCCAAGAUGCAAAGAUACCAGAGCUCGUGUCUUCCGAACCCACCAAGACUGAACCACACCAUGCUUCCGCCACCACACCCUCAGGCCGUGCGAAACUUCAGCUUCUCAUUGACUUAUUUUCCAAGUUAGGAAGUGGAUAUUACCACCUCAAUCGGUUCCAACCAAAGGAAUGCCUCGAAGCAUUUUCCACUCUCCCAGGAGACCAGCAAGCUACUCCAUGGGUUCUCUCAAAGACUGCCAGAGCCCAGUACGAGCUCAUGUCCUACAAGGACUCGAGGUCAACAUUUCGAAUACUUCGGAAAAUCGCGCCGGCGUGGAUAGAAGACUUUGAGGUGUAUUCGACUGUCUUAUGGCACCUCAAGGAAGAUGUGGCACUCGCAUUCCUGGCACAUGAGCUCUCAGAUAGUCACUUCUUAUCACCACAAACAUGGUGCGCCAUCGGCAAUUCGUUAUCCUUACAAAAGUUACGAAACGAGGCCAUAAAAGCCUUCCGGCGUGCUUGUCAAUUACAUCCCCCACUUGCCCAGGCAUUCUCUCUACUCGGGUACGAGUACAUAGAUACGGAGCAGUAUGCCGAAGCCACGACCGCUUUUCGUCAGGCGCUCCAGGUUGACGCUCGUCACUAUUUGGCCUGGGUUGGCCUGGGCUGCGUGCAAGAGAAGCUUGGGCAGGGUGAGAAAGCGAUCAAAUUCUACGCUGCGGCACGACAGAUCAACCCAAACAAUGCAGUGAUUUUUACCUAUCUUGCAAGGGUGCUUGAAAGGGCUGGUAAACAUCAAUUGGCCCUUGGCUACUUACGCCGUGGCCUUAGUCUUGACCCGCCAGAAACUACCAGUAGCUUGAUCAGGAUGCAAACGGCCAGUAUCCAGUUACGUCUCGGUCAGCCGGCGGAAGCACUGCAAGCCUUGCAUUUAGUCGAACAAUUUGUCUCCGACGAGCCUCGUGUCCAUUUCUUUCUUGGAGAGGCAUAUGCGAUCUCGGGAAAAGAAAAGAGACAUCUCGCAUUGAAACAUUAUACUAUCGCGCUCAGUCUUGCUCCCUGGAGCGAAGACAUACAGUCGGCCAUCUUGGCCCUCAACGACGACGUGUAGCGAAUGGGUGAAAACGGUUGGAUUGGCAUGAUCUGGCAAAGUGACGGGCAUCUUGGGGUGAUUAGAGCAGAUAUAGAACAGAACAGACAGGGCUCAUCAUGCCAGUUGCGCAGCUAUUUCCCCGCUCUCUUCUAAGGGUACAAGACUUGGUAAUAGUGUUGGAUGUCUACAGAGUUGGCGGCGAUCAAUCCAUCUCACCGCUUCUCUCUUACAGAUUAGGCUCGUUGCACGAAGUUGGGUUCCAACCAACCAGUGUUUCUUUAACCAUAGGUCGUGGCAUGAGUCAAAAGUCGUCUGACUUUUUGCG